AUGUCCGCCUCUCAGUCCGACCACGCGCGCUCGGUCUUCCGGAACAAUCUAGGCGGGCAAGAUGCAUACACUCGACACGUUCGAUAUGUCACGCAAUUCCAAAAUGUCUACAAUCCAAGUGACUCUACUCGGGUUCAAGCCAAGGGAAAGACAGAGAUGGAUGGGUUGGUCGAGCAUCACAAGUUUCUACGAGAUGACGACGACAAAGAGCUAGAACAGCUUAGUCCUGAAGAGAGAAUUGCUGUCAAAUACUAUAGAGGCUUAUUCAAGGAGUUUGCUGUUGUAGAUUUGAAACAUUAUAAAAGUGGCCAGUUUGCACUACGUUGGCGUACCGAAACAGAAGUUAUCUCCGGGUUAGGGCAGUUUACAUGUGGCAACACGAGGUGUGCGUAUCACCGAGCUGAUGACGAUCGACCGGUUCCUCAGCCUAAACUUAUUACAUUGGAAUUACCGUUCGGAUACUUAGAAGACGGCGAGGCCAAAAGUGCACUUGUCAAAGUCGUUCUUUGCGAUAGGUGCAAGAAGAAGUUGAUGUGGAAACGAGAUAGAGACAGGGAAGGGACGGAAGGGGAGGAAGGAGUUGAUAAUGCUGUGGAAAAGAAAGGGCAAAGUAGAGUGAUGGAAAGAGAAGAGCUAGAGAAGGAGCAGGGUUCAUCAAGCAAGUCCAGCCAACGCGAGCGAGACGAGCGGCCAUCCAGGAGGGACCACAAUAGCUCGUCGAGACGACGGGAAAGAAGAGACCACUCCCACGAACGAUCAAAACGACGGUCUCGUUCUCCCCGACGACAGGCAGCGGGUUCUUCUCAAUAUUCUUGA